AUGCUGCAGCCUAAAGCACUUCUCAAGGGCUGGGGGCCCCCGGGGCCCCCUCCUCCCCCCGCGUCGAUAUCAGCCUUUAACUACCCCUCACAACAGCAGCAGCAGCAGCAGCUGCUGCAGCAGCAGCAGCAGCAGCAGCAAUUGGCAGGGCAAUAUGUCCUGCAGCAGCAACCGUUGCAGCCGGAGCAGCAACUUCUGCUGCAGAAGACCAUCCCAGGGCCUCCAGCUGCUGCUGCUGCGCCACAGCAGCUGCAACAGCAGCUGCUGCAGCAGCAGCAGGCGCCUCCUGUGGCGCUGCAGCAUCUCCCGCAACAGCAGCAGCAGCAACAGCAGCAGCAGCAGCAGCUGCCUGUGCUGCGUCUACCUGAAAGCUGCCCCGAGUAUGAUCAGCUUGAGGUGUCUGUACACCCUAUCAGUCUGCAAGCAGCGCGAGUUGAAGUGUGGGGUUCAAGAGACACUCCGUUCCCUGCACUGAUGCUGUGGCUCUCUUACCAGCCCUACGAUCCUCCCAGCAGCGGGAGGCUUUAUACAGUGAACAUACCGCAGCAGCUGCUGCAGACGCGAAGAAGUCAGCUGCUGCUCGGUGCUGCUCUCUCUGCUGCUGCUGUCUCUCCGCAAUUUGCUGCUGAGGGGCACCUCAUAGUGCGGCUGCCUACAGACGGAGAUGAAACAAACACAAAAACAUUUAUUCUAGAAAGAAAAGGACCUGCUGGAGCUCUCCUUGCGCCUGCUGCUGCAUGCACAGCCCCUGCAGCAGCAGCAGCAAUAUCUCCAGCAGGAGCAGCAGCAAGUUUCUGCUCACCGGUGGCUCCGUCAACAGCUGCAGGAGCAGCAGCAGGAGCAGCAGCAGCAGUACGAGAGCAGCAAGUAGCAGCAGCAUGCUUCCGCUCUCUAUAUCAGAGACAAACAGGCUGUCUUGCGCAGUAUAUACACGACAUUGCUUCUCUAUCAUCUCAAUUAGGAGCAGCAAGCAGCAGCAAUAGAAAUGCCUCCUUCGGUGUCUCUUCUUUUAAAAGAGACAGCAGCAGUGCAGCAGACCCCAGCAUACACUCCACAUGCGACCCUGCUGCUGCUGCCGCUGCUGCUGCAGCGGCAGCAGCAGCAGCAACAGCAGAUACUUUUGCUGCUCUCCCGUAUGUGCAGCGGCAGCAACUGCUGCUGCAGCAACAGCAGCAGCAGAAUUUGAGUAAUCGCUUGCUGGGGCUUGAAGCAGCAGUGCAGCGGCUGCUGAACCGCGAGAUAAGCCGCUCGUCUGCUGCAACAACUGCAGCAAACUGUCUCCAAACUGCAGCAGAUAACAGAGACAGUGGAGACAGCAGAAGGUCAAAUGCUUUCGUUUUCUGUCUCUUUGCUGCUGUCUCUUUGCUGCAGCAGCAGCAGGCAAGACUGAAGGGCACCCUGAAGCGAGCACCAGCAGCAAAAGCAGGUGCAUCUGCAGCAGCUGUUGGUAGGCAGUCAGCAGCAUCAGCAUUUCUGUCGGCAGCAGCAGAAGCAGCAGAUGAUGCAGCAGCGGAUGAUAUAAACAAUCUACCUGCUGAAGGGAAGGAGAAGCUCAGGUUGCUGCAGGACCAGCAGCAGCAGCAGCAGCAGCAGCAGCAGCAAGUGGAGGAGACAGUCCCCUUUUCUGCGCGUCUCCGUUCAGGCAGCGGUGUUUUAGGGUUAAGAGACACGGAUGGGUUCAGCAGCUGCUACAGCAGCAGCAGCAGCAGCACACAACCACCCAACAACCAAGCAGCAAAAGCUGCAGCGGCAGCAGCAGCAGCAGCAGCAGCAGCAAAGUCGCGGCGCAGAGAUCGCCGCAUACAUUCUAUGAAGACAAGAGACUCUGUCUCUAGUGUCUCUUCUUCUUCUUCUCGUUCGUCUGUCUCUGCCUUUGAGGCAGCAAGACGGCGGUGGAGAGAAAGGAGACAGAGACAGCAGCAGCAGCAGCAGGAGGAAGAAGAAGAAGAAGAGGGUAGACACAGAGAUGUAUCUCUUGCUAAUCCCUCUCCUGCUUUAAAAGAGCAUGUACAAAGGAUGAUGCUGCGUGCAGAACGUGCAGCAGCAGCAGCAGCUGCUGCUGCUGCAGCAAAAAACAAGAGAAAGAGCGAGGCUGGAGCAGCAAACGACAGCAGCAGCAACGCUGAAGCAGAUGCAACCCCAGCUGAGUUUGAGCUGCUGUUUAACCACUGGUCUCUUUCUGCUGCAGCACUUCAGGAAGCAGAAAUUACUAGUCUUGUAAAGGAAUUAGCAGAGCUGCUGCCGCUGCGGCGCAGCCGCAGCAGCGCAGCAGCAGCAGCAGCAGCAACAGCAACACCAGCAGCAAAGCGGGAGGGAAGAAAAAUUGGUGCUGCUCGUGAAAGCAGCACCGAUGAAGAGCGAAGAGGAGAUAGAGACACAACAGCAGCCAGGCUUAGAAUGAUAAAGGAGACAGCAACAGAUGACAGCAGGCUUAGCAGCACGCACUGCAGCAACAUCAGCAGCAGCAGCAGCAGCAGCAGCAAAAAGGUUUCUUUCCCAUCAGAGUGUGUUGAAACUACAAGCCAGGAGUCAGCUGCUAGGGUUGUUGACGCAGCAGCAGCAGAAGCAUCAACAGCAGCAGCAACAGCCGCAGCAGCAGCAGCAGCAGCAGCAGCAGCAGAAAGUGCUGCCCGUGCUGCAACAGCAAAAGCAGCAGCAGCAGCAGCAAGAACCCAAGGCAUUAAUCUGUCUCCUCUUGAUGAAGAGACAAAUGUCCCUAACGGUAUUCUUCUUCCUUCACAAAGAAGAAUUGUUAAUCAGGAAGUGCCCCCUGUUGGUGUUGCUUCAAAAGAAGCAGCAGCAGCAGCAGCAGCAGCAGCAGCAGCAGCAGCAGCAACAGCAGCAGCAGCAGCAGCAGCACCAGCAGCACCAGCAGCGGCUGGGCCCUCACGAAAAGCACCAGCAGCUGUUCCUGCUGCAGCCGCCUCCAGUGCAACGCCAGCAGGAACAGCAGCAGCAACAACAACAAAAGCAGCUGCAGCAACCACAGCAGCAGAAGCAGCAGAAGCAGCAAAGUCAGUUUCAGAUCGGCUGCGCGAGUUAAGAAACUGCGGGGAGGUAGUAGUACCUAGCAGUAGCAGUAGCAGCAGCAGCAGCAGCAGCAGCAGCAGGGGCCCCCCACCCUCUUCAGGGGCUUUGCUAAAGGGAGUGGUGUCUCCUCGGCUGUCUCCUCAGCUGUCUUCUUUGCUGUCUCCGCGUGCUGCUAGAUCUGCACAGAGCAGCGCGUUUCUGUCUCCUCCUGCUGCAGCUGGGAAGGGCAACAGCAACAGCAGCAGCAGCCGCAGCAGCAGCAGCAGCAGCAGAAGGUGCGCAACUCCUCUCCACGGCAAUGAAGUAGAAGCAGAAUUAGAUUUAGGAGAAGACGCAGCAAUGCAUAUGGGCUCUAAGGUCUUCAUUAAAACAGAAGAAGAGUAUGCAGCAUGCCCCGGCAGCAGCUGCUGCAGCAGGAGCAGCAGCAGGAGCAGCAGCAGGGGCAGCAGCUGCUCCUGCGAGAACAGCAACAUCAGAAGGAGCAGCACCAGCAGCAGCAGCAGCAGCAGCUAUUAUAGCGAGCUGUUCCUGUUUGUAGAGCAGCAGCAGCAGCAAGACGACGAAGAGGAGACAAACCCAAGAGCAAAUUUAUUAUUUGAGGCCGCAGCAGUGCAUGCAGCUUCUCCUAGAAAGCCCCCAGAAGCAACAGCAGCAGCACCAGCAGCAGCACCAGCACCAGCAGCACCAGCAGCAGCAGCAGCAAAAAAGAAGCCCCCUGUACCUCCUCUAAGAAGCAAAAGCGAACGGGGACAGAAGCUGAGUGGAAAUGUGCAUGCAAAUGCUUUAACUCCGGUGUCUCCGCGAAGGGCAAGAGACUCCCCCUCAGCAGCAGCAGCAGCAGCAGCAGCACCACCACCAGCAGCAUCAGCACCAGCAGCAGCAGCAGCAGCACCAGCAGCAGCAACAGGGGGCUCCAGGGGAGGAGGGACUCUGACGCCUCGGGGUUUGAAGUCAUCUCCAAGAGACAAAAAGGAGACAAACCGCAAACCAGCAGCAGCAGCAGCAACAGCAGCAGCAGCAGCAGGAGACAAAGUUCUUUCUCCUCGAUCACCAACUACAAGCAGAGCAGGCACCCCUCGCAAACAGCAGCAGCAGCAACAGCUGCAGCAGCAGCAGAGGCUUCAGGAAGGGCCUGCUGCAUCUCUUGCUGGAAGCGCUGGGUCUCCGCUUUCAACGGGGAGACAGUCGCGCCCCCCGCCGCAGCAACAGCAGCAGCAGCAGCAGCAGCAGCAACAGCAGCAGCAGCAGCAGCGGGGUGCUGCAAGCAAGGAGACACCUAAGCAUCGGGGGCCCCGCGCGCAGCAGGUUGCGGUCAGCGGGAGAGCGAAGGAGACUACUGGGGAUCGUCUUAAGCUCGAUCCCAAGGUAAUGAAAGUAUUUAGAGAGAAGCAGCAGCAGCAGCAGCGAGCUAUGCAAGAUCUAGAGAAGCUGUGCGACUUAUUAAAGAGACAGAAUUCGCAGGAAAAAGAAACAGAAGCAGCAACACCAUCAGCAGCAACAGCAUCACCAACAGCAGCAGCAUCACCAGCAGCUGCAGCAGCAGCAGCGAGAAAUAAGCCAGGCAACGAUAAACACCAGCAGCAACAGCAGAAGCAAAAGCAGAAGCAUCACGGGCAGCAUGAGCAGCAGCAGGAACAGCAAGAGCAGCAGCAUCCGCCUCAACAACAGCAGCAACAGCAGCAGCAGCAGCAACAACAGCAGCAACAGCAGCAACAGCAGCAGCAACAGCAGGAGCAGCAGACGGGAGGAGUGCUAGAAGACAUAAUAAAGAACAGCAACCUCGCAGCAAAUCUGAGGAAACUAGAGGUAGAGCAUCUGCAGCCGCAGCAGCAGCAGCAGCAAAGUUUAGCUUUAGCUAUAUCUGAGAGUCUUGCUGCACUUAAGACAUCUAUACAUAUGCUGGAAGCAGCAGAGAGAGACAGGAGAGAGGAGAAGGAAGCAAUUAAAGAUGUGCUGCUGCAAGCAGAGAGGGACAGACAAGAAGCGUUCAAUGAAGCUUUAGAACGCGCGCAGCAGAUGUCUGAGGAGGCACAGAAGAGACAACAAGAAGAAGAGAGAAAGAGACAGCAGCAGAUUGAUAUGCUCCAGAAGCUACUCAAAGAAAAACAGCAGCAGCAAGAUAACCUACAAAAACAAAUACAAACUCUACAGAACUUUCAAGCUAGCUCUGCAUGCAUACUGCUAAGCCCACCGCCUGAAGUAACAGCAGCAGCAGCAGCAGCAGCAACAGCAGCAGCAGCAGCACAAGGAGCAGCAGCAGCAGGAACGGAAGAAGCAGCAACAGGUGAAGGAGCAGCAGCAGCAACAACAACAGCAACAGCAGCAGCAGCAGCAGCAGCAGCAGGAAGGCCCCAGGGGGCCCCUGGGGGCCCCGGAAGCCUCUCUGAAUUAUUAAAGAUAACGGGGUGUCUAGGGAGACUAAGUGCAGCAGAAAGAGACAGUUUUUUAAUUGCUGCGAAAGCAGCAAUAAAAGCAAAAGAUAAAGAAGAGAUAGAAAAAGAAGAAAGAGAUAAAACUCUUAAACAUAUACUCAAUGCAGCUACACAAGCCUGGAGGGAUAUAAAAGAAAAAGAAAGAGACACUGAAGAAGGAGACACCGCAGCAGACAAACAACAAGCCUACAGACUCCAACAAGCUGCAGAGACACUGGAGAGUUCGACAGAGGCAAUUCUUCGCUGUUCUUUUUGUGCUGUAACGGAGGCUUUAAAGACAUUCUCGGACUCCAAGGAGACUGCUGCUGCUGCUGCUCAGUUGCAGCAGCAGCUGCAGCAGCUGCAGCAACAGCAGCAGCAACAGCAGCAGCAACAAAUGUUCGCCGCUAAAAACCCCAAAGAAAAACAAAAGGCUUUAGAGGAAGCAGCACUAGAGAAGCUCAACGAAGCAAAGAAAGCAGCUCGUGUGUAA